AUGGAUUGUCUUUGUACAGAAGAAAAUUUAUCGUAUUUGUCAGGAAAAGAUGUUAUAAAUUUUCGAUGGAUAUUUUCCAUCUAUACUGACAUAUAUCUUAUUAUAGUAAAAAAAGUCACUCGUUUUAGAAUAUUCGAAGCUGAAUCCUAUUCUGUUGCGGCAUGGAAUAGUCACAAAUUCACAUUUGACGAUAAACAUUUGCUGCUGUUAAAAUCGUUUGCAUUGUUUUUGGAUAAUUACCUAUCGGACAUGAUUACACAAGUAAAUACGACUGACCUUAAUUCAGAUACAGUCUUUGGGAGUACGUUCAAUUUCAUCAUGGCAUUAUCAGACUUCACACAUUUCGUUCCUGUUUUGCUCGAAACGGAAUAUCCAAAAUAUUUAGAGAAAUGGUUAUCUUUUAUAGUCAAACAUAAUAUACCGGUAGAUAUCGUUGAAAGUACGAUGAUUAUUAUAAAUAACAUAGCCCGGCAUGAACAAGGAGCACAAGCGUUAAACGAUCGGCAUAUGCUUGAAACAUUAAAAACGUUUGAAAAUACAGCAAAAAGCUACAAUAACGAUCAUCCAAUUUUACCUAUUUACUAUAUGUGCUAUGCUCUACUUGUUCCACUUAAACAAUCAAAAGAACUGAAACAAGACAUGAUCACUGGAACAAUAAUUGACUAUUUGCUCAAUAAAAUAUGGGAAGCACAUAAAUCAUCGAACAUGCGCACAAAUACGGCAAACAUAUCUGAAUAUUUAGUUGUUUUAGCAAAAUUUGUUGUCAAUGACACCGUUGCAAUAUAUAUUUUAGAAAAAUCGAAAGUUGCUCAAUACCCGAAUGCUCUAACGUUUUUUAAUGAAUUAUUUUUUAGAUGUCAUAAACUGACACCAGACGAUUUAUAUCUCAAACAUUUGGUUCGUAUAACACUAUUCAAUAUAUUCAGUAGUUUUAGUUUUCAGAAGGCACAUCAGAAAGAAAUCAAAUCAAAUGAAGAGUUCAUACACGCAGUCGAAGAAGCAUCUCAUUCUACGGAUGAUCCACUGAUUCAUACAUAUCUUUUACAGCAUUUAUCAGCAGUGAAAGACUCGGCCCAAUGUAUCCUAAUCAACCUUGAUCUCUACAAAGAUGUUGCGUCUACUGCUACGAAACAAAUACCGAUGAUCUCCUAUUGCCAUAAAGAUAAAGAAUUUUGUCGUCGUCUUACGAAAAGUCUAAAAGAUAAAUCGAUCGAUGUUUGGGUAGACGAAGAUGGUCACUGUUUGUCAGUUGACUUGUGGGAAGAAAUAGGUAAAGCAAUCAAAAAUGCCAGCGUUGUACUUAUCAUUGUUUCAGAAGCCUACUGUCACAGUAAAUCGUGUCGAAAAGAAGCGACGUAUGCAGAUAAAAGACAAAAACAGAUAAUUGCCAUUUACGUUGAUGAUGAUUACGAAGCUGAGGAAUGGUUAGAUAUACGGCUCACCGGCACUUACAUUCGAUUUGGAAAGAAACUAUUUGAUGAUGCUGUAUCACGGCUCUUAAACUACAUCCCAAAAUCAAAUGAGAGUCUGAUUGCGUUAGUCCCUCAAAUUAUUCAGCAUGAAGUUACAUCUCAAUCUCCAAAUGUUCAACAACCAAGUGAACAAAAGGAACAACAAUCUACUACAUCUCUCAUGAAUAAACCGGUACAAAAUUGGACGAAACAAGAUAUUGAUGCCUGGUUUAACGAACGCCAUUUAUUACCGCAGCUCUAUUCAUUGUACUCUUUUGAGGAUGGUGCAGAGUUAUAUGAAUAUGCUACGGCGUUUAAUGAUAAUAUAUUAGACGCAGAAAAUAAAAAAUUAAAAUAUGAAAAUUUAUGUGCUUCUAUAAAAUCACAAUUUGGCGUCAGAUUUGAAGACUAUCAUUAUGCUAAACUUGUGACUUCGAUGAGAAAGCUCAUUACUGAUAAUUCGCAAGUCAAUUUUCUCCGUGAUAAUCCGUCAUCUGUGUGA